ACCAACUAGGCUUUCCUGCGGGGCUGUUCGCAGAUUUUACGAUAUCCCACUGACCCACCUAGUUCGUAGCGUUUGACGCAGCUCUUUGAACGCAGCGUUUUUACUUAUACCUUGUUUAUAGCAACAUACGACAAUUCAGGGGUGGCCAUAGCUAGGUCGUGCCAGUUACAAAGGACAUGCUCAGUUCUUGAACUGCGAGCCCUUCUGGGGCCAAGACAAUGCGGAGACCUCCGAUACUUGACUUGAGCCCUCGUGUUCCCGACGGAGCAGCGCUUGACGAGGAGGCCGCGGGCUCGGAAAGGGUCCAUGCAGGCAAGCCCGGCUCAAAAGCUGGGCCCGGCCAGGCGCCGCUAGCCCGUUCAGCCGCUGCCGCAGCUUAUGAGCCUACUCGCGCGACCGUGCCCCCGGGGUAUGUUCCGGGCUCGCAGCCCGGCACGCCCGGCGUGGCCCCUGGCUUUCCCGGCGAUGGCGCCGAUGGCGACGACGAGGGCUCGCUGCUCACCGUCGCGGUGCGCAGCCCGCCGCAGGCGGUGGCGGAGGCCCUGGUCAGCCCUGGCGGCGGCGGGGCCGCGGCGGCGGGCGCUGGCGCCUACACGCCCUUCUCCCAGCCCAGCGAGCGCACCGCGGCACAGCUGCUGGAGGCCAUGCCCUUCGGCCUGCAGCCGCAGCCUCACGAGAACGGCGGAGGCGGCGGAGGCGGCGGAGGAGGCGGUGGUGCCGCCGGUGCGGCCGGCUUCCACGGCCUCCUCCACCAGCAGCAGCAGCAGCAGCAGGGGCGCCAGGGCGCCGCCGGGCACAGCCGCGUCAGCGCCAACGGCGGCGGCGGCGGCAACGCCGCCGGCCCCGGCCCGGGCGGCCUGGCCCAAGCCCAAGGCCACGACCUGAACAGCGCGGCACAGCUGGCGCACAUCUACGGGCCCAAGCCCGCCGCCGCUCUGCGCGUGCAGGCGCACGCGCGCUCCGCCGCCGUAGCGGCCGUAGCGGCCGCCGGCGGCGCCGGCGCCGUCGCCGUGGAGCCGCCGAGCGGGGGCCGUGUGCAGUUCCAUGACACGCCGCCACCCGGCACCUCCUGGGCCAAUCCCGGCGAGAUCCCCUCGCCCGCCGGCGGCGCGUCGCCGUACGGCAUCGGCGGCGGCGGCGGAGCCGGCGCCUUCAACGCUCUGUACGGCAUCGGCGGCAUCGGCGGCGGAUACGCAGGCGGCGGAUACGGAGGCGGAGGCGGAGGCGGCAGCGUGGUCCCAAGCAGCCUUCAAUCGUCCACCAUGGGGCUGGAUGGGAUACAGGCCUUUGCCGGCACGCCCACAGGCAGAGCCGCCGGAUCCAGCGCCUUUGCAGGAGGCGGCGGCGGCGGCCGUGCGGGCGGUGGCGGCGGCGGCGGCGGCGGCAAACCCAAGCUGACGCUGGCUGCCACCUUCCGCGGCGGCCGCUCCAACACCAUGCGCGGCGGCGGCGGCGGCGGGCAUCACUGGGUGCCGCUGGAGAGCGUGGCGGCGGUGGCGGCGGCGGUGGACCUGGAGAUUACGCUGCAGCACUCCACGCGCAUUGAGAAGGUCGCGGCGCGCGAUCUGGAGGUGUUCCAGGAGCACUGCACGCCCUUCAAGCACGGCCACACCAUCGACCCCACCUACAUCCGCUCGCUGCGCAACGCGCCCGACCUGAACCCGGCCGGCGGCGGCGGCGUGGCGGGCAACGUCAUCAGCGGGCCAGGUGGCGGCGGCGGCGGCGGCAGCGGCAAGGGGCCGGCGUUCUUCCUGCACUCGGAGCUGACGGACUCGGCGGCCAGUGGCCAGCGCGAGAUCAUCACGGGCGUGAUGCGGCGCAAGCCCGGCGCUGCCGCCUCCGUUGUUGUGGCCAAGCUGUACGUGUUGUUUCCCUCCACCAUGAAACCGCCGCGUUGGCUGCGGAGGAGGUUCAGGCAGCUCAAGGCGCAGACCGUGGACGUGCACUGGCAGAUCCCCAAGCGCUUCCGCUUCUUCCUGCACGUGAUGGACGGCCUGCGCCGCGCCCAGAGCCAGAAGCUGUGCGUGUGGGAGUCCAACCACUACUACCGCGCCGGCGAGACAUUCACGCUUUACGGCGCGGAGGGGUUCGCGGACGCAACCGACAAGAGCUAUGUGCUGCUCAUGAGGUUCUUGGAGCGGCGCGAAGGCGGCAAGCAGCAGUCGACCGAGCUGGACAGGCACCUGCAGGGCGGCCCCUCCAUGCCGCCACUGACGCCGGCCGGCACACAGCCGCUGCCGCUGUCGGCGGCGGGACAGCUGGCGCGCGGCAUGGCCGGCAGCCUCAGCCUGGGGCCCGGCGCGGGCAGCGGGGCGGCGGGGGGAGCGGCGGGCGGCAAGCAGUCGCGCGUGCAGGCGCUGAAGGAGGUGCAGCAGCAGAUUGAGCUGCUGCGGGCGCACUCGUCGGAGGUGCUACCCGGAGCGCUGUCCAUGCCCUCGGACGGCGUGCUGACGUGGGAGUACAUUCUGGAGGUGGCUCUGCGGGCUCGCAACAGCGGCCAGCUGACAGUGCUGCUGGGGCUGGGGUACGUGGACCACCUGCUGCGGCGGCAGGACGUGGUGGACAAGAUUGAGAAGGUGGCCAUGGAGAACAACGACCCCAAUCUCAUGCUCACGUUGUACAGGCAUACGCAGGUGGAGAUGGAUCUGCAGGUUCUUGCCUUCCUGGUUCACGCCUGGGCGGUGCAGCCCAUUGCCGGCACGCGCGCCACCACGGCGGCGGCGGCGGCGGUGGCCUUCAGCGCGGCGCUGGGCGACGAGGCGGCGCCGGAGGAGGAGGCAGAGGAGCAGCUGGAGGCGGAGGGCAACCUGGCGGGGCAGAUUGAGGAGUUCCUGAUCAAGUACAUCCUCAACAAGCGCAACCCGCUGUCCACCACCGCCUCCAUCCUCAGCGCGGUGCAGAACGAGAUGACCAAGGACGACGAGCACCGGCGCAUCAUGCGCCUCACAUACAGCCGCUUCCACUCGCUGCACCUGGCGCUGGUGCGCAGGCUCAACCGCUACGCUGACGCUCGCUACGUGGGCCUGGUGGAGCGGGUGCUGCAGCCCGCCGACCUGCCCAACACAGUCAACGAGCUGUCGCCGCUGCAGGUCGCGUUCGACUCCUUCGACCGCAAGUUCAUGACCGAGUCACUGCUGGAGAUGUACGUGCAGGUCCAGUGGCAGGGCCGUGAGUUCCUGGCCCUCACCGCGCACGACGACGACCGCUCCACAGCCGCCACCAACCCACUGCUGGCGUACGCGGUGCUCAGGAAGCUGCACUUCGCGGGCAAGGGCACCAUGGACCCCAUGGUCAAGUUGGCUGCGCGCAUGUGGCACUCGUACGCCUUCACCUCCGUGGCCUUCUUCAACUCGCCCACCGGCAGGUGGGCGCACCACGCGCUGUUUGAGCUGGUGUUCCUGGUCCUGUACCAGUGGUACGUGAUGGACCCCUGGAACGCGCUCAGUUUCCUGGUGAACGCCUGUCUGCUGCUGCUGACGACACUCAAGAUUGCGCAGGACUUCGAGGCGCCCGGGCUGCCCGCCUUCGAGACCUCGGACGCGCUGCACAUAUGCCUGGCCACCAUGGCGCUGUUCGUGUGGGUGCGCGCUCUGGGCAUGGCGGUGCCGGUGUACCCCACCCUGGGGCCGCUGCUCAACACCGUGGCGCGCAUGGUGGAGGAGCUGGUGGCCUUCCUGUUCCCCAUGCUGAUCAUUCUGACUGGCUUCAGCACCAUGAUGAGCGCGGUGUUCCAAGACUCGCUGCCCGACACGUACGGCAACUUCGCGGCCUCCAUGCUGUCGCUGUUCUCAUCCAUGCUCGGCAACUUCGACCUCACCAUAUACGACGGACUGCCGCCAGCACAGCGGCUGUACGGCAUCAUCAUGUCCGUCAUCUUCCUGGUCAUCUCCGCAAUCCUGCUGCUCAACCUGCUGGUGGCCAUCAUCACCAACAGAUACAGGCCGGAGGAGGUGGAGGCGGAGACCAAGUUCAAAAAGGCGCAGAUCGUCAACUACUACCAGACACAGGUGUCGCGCAACCUGGUGUGCUCGCCCUUCUCGCUGCUGCAAGUGGGGCUGCGGGUGGCAGGCAUGCCGUCCGGCCGCCGGGCCAAGAUCAGCGGCACAUCCAAGUGGCCCACCAGGCUGGGCCUGCUGCCUCUGGACGGUGUGGUGCUUCCCGACGACGGCAGCGACCGCCCCACGGGUGUCGACGAGCUGCCGUACCUGGUGUUCCUGGCCACACUCUACCCCAUCAUCACAGCCGCCACCUGGCUGCUGUUCCUGCUGUACACCCCCUUUGGCGUCUGGCAGUACGCCAGCAAGCGUUACAACCGCCUCGCCAAAACCGCCGCCAAGCAGCAGGCGCGCGGCGCGGCGGCGGGCGCCCCCGGCUCACGCCUGCUGACGGCGGCCAUGGUGGGGCCCAAGGCGGCGGCGGCGGGGCUGGUCAGGAAGGUGGCGCCGGCGGCGGGAGGGGCGAAGGGCCCCUCCGGAGGGGGCAAGGCAGCCGCUAAGAAGAAGGGCACGCGCUCCCCGGCCCAGUCGCGGUCGGGUGCCGCCUCGGACGCCAGCGACGGCGAGGCGAGCGGCGGCGGCGGCGGCGGCGGCGGCGGCAGGGCGGCGGGCGGCAAGCCUCUGGAGAAGCGCAGCAGUCGCAGCGGUCUGGACAGCGCCGCUGCAACUGGCAGGCUGACUGGCCUGGACAGCGCCGCCCAGUACCAGAAGUUCAAGAAGCGGCUGCAGGCGGACGCGCAGCAGGCCGAGUUCGGUCUGCUCAAGGCCGGCGUGUUCUCAGUGCUCACCUUUGGUCUGAGCCUGCUGGGGCUGGCGCUGUACCUGGGCGUCAUGGUGGCGGGGCUGGCACUGUGGAGCGGGCUGUACCUGUGGGCGGCCAAGGUGUCCUUCAGCGUCCACAACAUCCUGCUCAAGCCCCUGGUGGACGCCGUGCGCGCGCAGCGCCGCCGCCGCCGCAUCUCGCCCGCCUCGCCGCCGCCCUCCGCCGCCGCCACACCCGACCACUCCAUGGCCCGGGCCCCCGCCGCCCUGGCCGCCGCCCACACCGCACUCAACGUGGCGCCGUCUCCCGCCGGCGGCGGCGGCGCCGCCGCCGCCGCCGCCGCCGCCACGCACGAGCCCCUGCACAGCUUCGGCCCGCCUGCCGGCGGCGCGGCGGCGGCGGCGGCGGUGGCGGCUGCACCGCGGGCGCAGCCGAGCCGUGGCGAUGGCGGCGGCGGCGGCGACACGAGCUCGCGACUGCCGCCCGCCGCCGCCGGCAGUGCGCAGGACCGCUUCAGCUUCCUGGGCACAAUCGGGCGGGCGGCGGGCGCGGCGGCGGCGACGGCGGCGCGGCUGCAGCACGAGCAGGAGAUGCAGGCCAGGCACCGGGCCCAGGUGCACUGGCGACACGCUCUAGCCAAGAUCCGCGCCCUCAAGAACGAGCGCUACAUGAGCCGCCGCGACAUACUCAAGGCCCUGGCCGCCUCCAAGUUCAAGGCACACCUGGAGGACUGGGGCCUGGCCGCCGACCCGCGGUCCACCUCGGCCGAGCUGCUUCAGGAGCAGAUGGCGGACUUGGAGGACGACGACGACGAGUGGGACGACGACGAGCUGGCGGAGGGCAACGAGGCGGCGGCGGCGGCGCAGGAGAUCCUGGACAAGACCGACAAGCUGUCUGUUAUGGUGCGCACCGGCCUCAACACCAGCGCCGCCGCCAUGUCGGCACUGGCGGAGCGGGUGCAGGAGCUGGCGGCGGAGAUGGCGCGGAUGAGGGCGGCGGGCGGCGGCGGCGGCGGUGGCGGCGGCGGUGGCGGCGGCGCCGGCAGAGGCGGCGCCAGCGCUUUCGCGCACCUUGCGCCGCAGCAGGUAGCCAGCGGCGGCGUGCGCUGGAGCGGCAGUGUGGAUGUGGAGACGGCGGCGGCGCUGAGCGCCGCAGCCGCCGUGGGGCUGGUGGGCGGCGUGCCGGGCUCACCGCACCUGCCGCCGCUGUCGCCGCAGUCGCCGGCAGUGGGCGGCGCCGCCAGCGCGCCGCCGCCGGCGGCGGCGGCUGCGGCGGCGCACCCCUCUGCGCUCAAGGGCGCAAAGGGCAAAGUCCGAAUGGCGGACACGAGUGGCGGCGGCGCCGUCGAGACGCCUCCUGCUGCUGCCGCGGAGGUGGCGGUGGUGGAGGCGGCGGCGGCGCCUCAUUCACACGGCAAGCACGCGGCACACCCGCGGUCGCACUCCAGCGCUCACGAGCUGCCGCCGCUGUCGCGGCCGCCGCCCGAGGCCCCGGACGACGACGCCGCGGCCGAGCCGGAGCACGUGCCGCUCUCGCACCCGCACCCGCACAGCCAGCAGCAGCACCACGGGUCGCGGCACCAGCCACUGCGCGAGCCACACCGUGCGGAAGAGGCAGAGGAGGCGGAGGCGGCGCAGCAGCAGCAGCAGCAUCAUGUACAGCACCCCCCGCAACAGCAGCAGCAGCACCCGCAGCAGCAGCAGCGGCCGGCGACCGCGGCCGCGCCUGCGGGCCGCCAGGCCGCCGGGCUGAACGGCAGUAGCGGCGGCGGCGGUGCUGCGGGCGGCAGUGGCGGCGGCGGUGCGGGUGGCAGUGGCGGCAGUGGCGGCAGCUCCCCAGACAAGCGCCGCGCCGUCAGCGCCAGCGCCGGCCGCCCACCCGUCGCUCCCUCCUCAAGCAACAGCAGCAGCAGCGGCGGCAAGGCUAAGUCCGCGGCCAGUCGCCAACCACCGAUGGCGGCGUUCGGGGAGGAGGACCCAGAGGCGGAGGCGCCGGGCCCAGGCUACGCCGCGGCGGCGGCGGCGGCAGCCGCUGCGGAGGCAGAGGCGGGGGCGGGGGCGGGGGCGGGGGCGGGGGCGCACACGCCGCCGCGGUCGCGUGGCGUGCCGCCGCCGCCGGCCCGGAGCCCCGAGGACCAGCCGCUGAAGGCGCUAGCCGCCGAGGGCAGCCGCGGCGGCGGUGGCGGCGGCGCCGCCGCCGCCAGCCUGGGGUCGGUAUCGGUGGCGUCGGUGGCGGCGUCGUCGGUGUCGGCGGCAGGGGAGCACGGGGGUGCGGAGGGCGCGGCGCCGCCGGCGCGGGCGGAGGGCUCGGCUGUGUCGCUGGGCGCGGCGGCGGCGGUGGUGGCGCAGGCGGCUCCGCGCAUGCCCAGUCGGCCGCUGAUGCCGCGUCUGGGCGGCCUGGCGGCGUCGGCGCUGGUGAAGGGCGAGGGCGACUUGGCGGAGGGCGGCGCGGGCACCAGCGGCGGCGGCGGGGACCCUGAGUGAGGCAAGGCCACGGUGGUGAAGGAGCUUGGGCUGGGGCCUGGGCUGCUGGUGUGAUGUGGGUUCGUGGGGCUGUUUGCAAAGGGUUGUAAGUACUGUUUUGUAUGACGACGCACAUACGGUAUGUUGCGUGUCGAAGUGUGUAUGGUAUGUGCGAACGCGCGAUGUCAUGCAAUUCAUCCGUGAUUCUAUGCAGUCUGAGGUUGGGCGGCGGCGGCCGCGUUGGAACCGAUGGGGCUGGCGGCGGCACACAGCAGGGGGCCAGUGGGGGCGAGCUGCGAGCUGCGAGCUGUUGUCGUCUUUUUGUUGUGGUGCACACAGGCGUGCGGCUUGGGCUGCUGUGUGUUGGCAUGUUAUCAGCAUGGAUACGGUUAGCGCGCAGCAGCAGGUCUUGGAGUUAGGAGCCUAGGAUGUGGGGACCGCAGUUUCACCCAGAGACCCUACGUCUAUGGCAAUGGGCAGGGGCGUUCUUCGGCCCUUCAUUCGGCGGUCGGGGCGGCGCGGGGAAGCGGCUGUGCCCGCGGGAGCAGGGGUGCGUGAGUGAACGGGCGGGAGUGAAUGAAAGCAAAGUACGCGGCCGCGCCGCUAUCCCCAUGCACCACAAGGAAUGGCUUUGUGGCAGCAAGUGAGCUCUUGUAACCUCUUGUAAGG